ACUACCCUCGCUGUGGGAUUUCCGCUUUUCCUACGUUACCACGUGCGUUCUCUGAGCUGUGAAGUAAAAUGGUGAUGGAUCCCGAAGUUCGCGUGGUUCAGUGUGGCGGAAAUAGAAUCAACUACCGGAGGCCUCUUUUCUCAGCGGACAACAAGUACCUUCUUUGUGUCUCAGGUGACUCUAUAAAAGUUUUUAGCACAGUCACAGAGGAAUGCAUUCAUGCGUUGUGGAGUCACAGUGAUUUGGUUACUGGCAUUGAACUCCAUCCAAAUAAUCAUCUACAGCUCUACUCUUGCUCCUUGGAUGGCACAAUUAAGUUAUGGGACUUCAAUGACGGAAUUCUAAUAAAGACUUUUCUAAUUGGGUUUAAAAUGUUUGGCUUGUAUACUACUUCAAAACAAGACUUUGUGUAUGUUGUUACUCAGAGCAAUGACUCUUCAGAAAAUUUUCAGUUGAUGUCUAUCAAGCUACCAAAGGUCACAGAACAAGAAUGUGAAGCAAAAGAAAUGACAGUACUAUUUUCAGACGUCUGUCAUUCACCAAAGUCUACAGCUGUUGGAAGAAAGGGAGAGUAUAUUGUUACAGUGAAAGGACUUUGCCUCUUUGUCUAUUUCAAGAGCAAAAAGAUAUUUAGGUUCCCAUUAAGUGCUACAAGUGGAAAGGGAGCGGACAAUACAUUCACCGUGGUCACCUGUCAUCAUAUUGAAGAUUGCAUCGCUACUGGACAUAAAGAUGGCAAAAUUAGAUUAUGGAGAAAUUUUAACCAUAAGCAAGACUACACUUAUUCUUCUCUGCAUUGGCAUCACGAUUCUGUUGCUGAUCUGGCCUUCUCUGUCCAAGGUACCAUACUUUUUAGUGGUGGUGUUGAAUCUGUUCUGGUCCAGUGGUCUCACAGUUUGGAACAAAAGAGAGAAUUUCUCCCUCGUCUUGGAGCAGCUAUUGAACACAUUGCCACUUCCCCUGAUGGCUCUUUGAUAUGCACAACCCAUAUGGAUAACAAGAUUACAAUCAUUGAUCCCAACUUAAAAGUGAGGGGAAUUAUCCAAGGACUUGUGAAAGGAAAUGAUGUAAAGACAGGCUUGAUAUUUGAUCCUAGAACCAAUGCUUUAGUGCUCAAUGGCAAGCCAGGUCAUCUUCAGUUUUACUCGCUGCAUGAUGACAAACAACUCUAUAAUCUAGACAUCAUACAACAAGAGUUAGUCAAUCAAGCCGGACUACAGCAUUUGGAUUUGGUAAAGGCUGCAUUUAAUGCAAACGGAAACUGGCUAGCAACUGUUGAAGAGUUGAAAAGAAAAGGAACACAUUGUCUUGAAGUACAUCUGAAGUUCUGGAAAUACAGUGAGAAGCAGCAGAGCUUUAUCCUGAACACCACCAUCAACUUACCUCAUGAAGACCAAAUCACAUCACUUUCUUUCCAGUCUGGAUGUAAUUCAGGAAAAGAUUUUCCCACUUUGGUAACUACAGGGAAUGAUGGCCUUUUUAAAGUCUGGGUCCUGGAGGACAAUUCUGACAUUUAUGGGCAAAAAAUUGGUUGGAGCUGCGAUUUUCUUGGCAGCUACCAUGGAUUUAAAGCUACUGCUUGCAGUUUCUCUGAAGAUGGGUCUCUUCUUGCUGUCAGUUUUGAAGACAUAAUAACAAUUUGGGAGUCUAGUUCUUGGGAUUUGAAACAUACCUUUUGCCAACCACCUGGCAAAAUAAGGAGCUUAUGUUUUGGAAGGAUGAGGUCUUCCACAUAUCUUCUAGCUUCAACCGAGAAUGGAUUCAUAAACUGCUGGGACUUACUUACCUGUAAUUUAACAUGGAAGGCACAACUCAAUGCUUUUGUUCUGCAACCUGACUGUCUUUCAGAAAAUAUUGCUGCAUUUUCAUUUAUUUCGGGAAGCUCAACCAUGUUUAUAUUCACUCCUUCUGAUCCUGUUCCCCUGUAUGUCCAUACGGAUCUCUGCCAAGGCCGUGUGCGGUGGGCUGCGUUUGUGCCAAGAGAUCUGCCUGACGUUUUGACCUCAAAACGUUACAAGUGGUUAAAUAAAUCUCAGCUUUAUUUCCUCACAGAAAACCAGGAGCUGAUGACAUUUAGCACACAACCUCCAGAAGAGAAGUUAAAACCUUUAAGUAAGCAGCUGGCACCAGAAGAUAAUUUACCCAUCACGCCUUUCUUUACAUUGUUGGAGAAUAAACGGCAACAAAAAAAGGUGGUAAAGGGAAAUUCGCAACCAGAUCGUUCUUUGUCAGCGGUUUGCAAAACAGACAAAUCUUUUGCUGUUAAAGAGCUUCUUCACACCCCAGCUCAUGUGCUACCACCUGCAGCCAUCUUGUGUUCUUUGUUUGUGGAUUAUUUACUGAUUCCUCAGCAGCAUAAAUGUGUAGACAAUGAUGGCAAUGAUUUAGACAGGGAGAGUGAGAAAACAGAAGAGGACUCUGAUGAAGAUCUGUACAAAUCUACAGAAAUCCAAGAUCCUACUCUGACUGGAUGUUCUUAUGCAAGUCCCCUUAAACGUCUAAAAUCUGAAGAUAAGGAACUAAGAAAGAUAAGAAAGAAGGAUUUUACCUGGGUGACAGCUUUGUAAUAUACUAUGUUGUAAAAAUAUUCUAAAUUUGUUGUAGAAUUAUUAUUUUUUUUUUUAAUAAAGCUUAAAAUGACAUUUCCCCUUAA